CUAGCCAGGGAAGCCUGGGGAGUACGGGGUACUUCAUUCAGUCAACAGGGAGCAGCCCAGGAAGGCAUCCUGGAGGAGGUGUCAACAAACUGGGACCCGAACAAGAGUUACUCAGGAGAAGGGGGCGAGCAGGGUGGGAAGGUAAGAGUGGGCCGGGAACACUGGGUGUGCGCAGGUCCAGAGGUGAGAGUGACAGGAACACGGAGUGGCGGAUGCCCUAUCCACCUGGGCUGUUGGGACCCUCUCUCCCUGGGCCCCCACUCCAGGUCAGCUCCCACGUUCGUCCGUGGUCUGGAGCAGAGACUGCUGAAUGUCAGCUUCAAUGCCGACCACCUCAUCUUGCAGUCAGAGUCCAUUCAGGCUCUGGCGUUCAACUUAAACUGCAGCUUUCCCGGCCUGGCCCUGAGCAGCGACACCCUGAGCAGCGGAGCCCCGAAGCAGCCGCGACAGGCCCAGGCCAAGAUCCGGCACGCCAUGCAGUUCCCGAAGGAGCUGACCCAGCGGACCUGCAGGCUUCGCAGCCCCAGUCAGCUUCGUCUCAUCUGCAUCUACUUCUCCACCGACCUCUUCUUCCAGAGUGACAACAAAUCACUUCUGCUCCAUAACUAUGUCCUGGGGGCCCAGCUGGACAAUGAAUCGGUGAAGGACCUCAGGGAGCCAAUCAACAUCAGCUUCUGGCACAACGAAAGCCUGGAAGGCUACGUGACGACCUGUGUCUUCUGGAAGGAGGGAGCCAGCAAACGCUACUGGGGUGCCUGGAGCCCUGAGGGCUGUCGCACGGAGCACCCCUCACACUCUCAGGUGCUCUGCCGCUGCAACCACCUCAGCUACUUCGCUGUCCUCAUGCAACUGUCCCAGGACCCGCUCCCUGCAGAGUUGCUGGCGCCGCUCACGUACAUCUCCCUCGUGGGCUGCAGCAUCUCCAUCGUGGCUUCCCUGCUCACCGUCCUGCUGUACUUCCUCACCAGGAAGAAGGGUGACUCCCUGACAAGCAUCCACAUGAACCUGCACGCCUCCGUGCUGCUCCUGAAUGUCACCUUCCUGCUGAGCCCCAUCCUGGCCGUGCCCUCCGCGCCCGGGUCAGCGUGCGUAGCCGUGGCCGCCACCCUGCACUACGCGCUGCUCAGCUGCCUCACCUGGAUGGCCAUCGAAGGCUUCAACCUCUACCUCCUCCUGGUGCGCGUCUACAACAUCUACAUCCGGAGAUACCUGCUCAAGCUCUGCGUGGUGGGCUGGGGGGUCCCAGCCUUCCUGGUGCUGCUCCUCCUGGCCAUCAAGAGCUCAGUUUACGGGCGCCACACAAUCCUACUCUCCGGCAGCCAGGGAGACAGCAGAAACGUCACGGGCUCCCAGAACACGUCCAUAUGCUGGGUGCAGAGCCCCGGGGUGCACGGGGCCCUGGUCAUAGGCUACGGCGGCCUCACGUGCCUUUUCAACCUGGUGGUGCUGGUCUGGGCGCUGCGGGUCCUACGCAGAAUGAAGGCUCAAGAGAAGGCGCCGGGCUCCCGGGCCUGCAAGGACACGGUCACCGUGCUGGGCCUCACCAUGCUGCUGGGCACCACCUGGACCUUGGCCUUCUUCUCCUUUGGGGUCUUCCUGCUGCCCCAGCUCUUCCUCUUCACCAUCUUCAACUCGUUCUACGGUUUCUUCCUCUUCCUGUGGUUCUGCUUCCAGAGGUGCCGCUCUGAGGCGGUGGCGGCGACAGAGGCGGAGAUGGAGGGGUUCAGCUCCUCCCAGAUGAUGCAGUAGCCUGGACCUCUCGGCCUGGAACCCCGGCCUCUCUGGCUGCCUGCACCCGGAGGCACUGGCUUCCACCAGCGAAGGUGGCAGGCCCGCUGCUGGCCACCGGAGGCGCUGUGCCCUCUAGAGAGGCGUUUCACCACCGUGCCUUCCCCAGGUCCAAAGGGAAAUGCCCAGAAUGCCCUUGGCAUUCUACGCUGGGUCAGGUCCAACCGCAUCAGGGGGCAGCAACCUUGGACCCGGUGCUUGGGGCCAGCGGGCUGGGCCUGUGCACAGAGCUCUGGCUGGGGAAUCAGGAGGCCAUGUGUCGAGGCUAAGUCCUGUAGGACUUCGGCCCAUCGUUUCUAAACUGACGGUCAGUUUGCACAUCAACAUGAGUCAGAUGGCUGGCUCUGGUCCUGGCUAGCCUAAGCUCUGGGAAGACUGAAUGAGACUGGGGAAGAAGAGGGCCGUAGUGGGCCCCAUGAAUUCCCCCUGCUGCUGGGGUCAGGGUCCCAGCCAGCCUGCUGGGCCCUGCCACCUUCCUCCUGCCCACAUCGGGCCCCGGGGCCCAAGGCUUAGGGACCCACCCACUGUCUGAGACCUCACCAGCCUAUGCCUGAGGCCUCUUUUCCUUUAACCACCCCCCCAAUUAUGAUGACCCCAAUGCCAUGUCCACCCUUCUCAAAGGUCAGAAAGUCCAGUCCUUCCCAGAGGCUCCUCCCUCCUGUGUUCUCAAGUCUCCCUAGGCCUUUUAGACCGGGGCCGGGGCCACAGAACUUCCAGAGGGUGGGAGGGGAAUGUCUCUUUCCCCUACACCUGAGCCAGCAGGACCUCAGUGACCUGGCUACUUGACGGUAGGGUAGAGCUGAAUUUCCCUUGGUAAGCGUGAAGGUGUGGGUUCUAAAUCCAAGCUCUGGCCACAGUUGCAGAGAAUCAACCCUGCCCCUUGACCGACAGGGGCAGAGCCAAGUGGGAAACGCUCGAAACCAGAGCUUUCCCCAGGUUGCACACCAGGGGGCGCUGUUGGCCUGUGCUCAGAAGCUACUGGCCCCCAAAACUGCGCCGUGUCUGGAAAUGCUGAGAUCACCUGUGAACAGGACCAGAGGGCGAGGUCCUGCCUCCAGGACUGCACCUGCUGAGUGCCCAGAAGGAGGAAUGUCCGCAGUGUUCACACAGCCAUCUGUCUCUUCACCCAUCACAGCUGCCUGCUCUGGCUCCCGGGAUCUUGUGUCCUGGGCCCGGCCGGCCCCAGUGCAGUGAGUGGGACAGGCUCCCGGCCCCCGGGCCAACUGUAAGGACUCUGAGUGGCACAGGGAAGGAGCUAGAGCGGGACCCCUUCUGUUACGCCCUCUGUUCAUUUCUCGAGGCACACAGCCCCUCACGGGGCGGGCAGCGGGGCCGGCUCCGGAGCCAGGCUGCCGGGGCUCGCAAAGGGCAGCUCUGCCACUCGCUGACCAAGUGGCUGUGGACGAGCCGCUCAGCCUCUUUGUACCUCAGUUUCCCCACCCGUGCCUGGGGACGACAGCAGGACUUGCUUUGAAGGUUAAAUAAAACAAUCCACAGGAAGAGGCUUGGCACAGAGUACGUGCUCAGAAGAUGGUUGUGGUGGUUC